AUGUGCACAACAGGGUGUACUCGACGAUACGGCACGAUCAAGACUCGUCGUUGCUACGGUCACGAACAAGCUAAAAGCUUUCUUAACUUUGAGAUCGUAAUUCACGAGAGUGAAACAGUGCUGAAUAUAAACGAGAAGAUUCUUGCGUUAACAGUGGCUCCGCUCGGUACAAGCUACGAUGUGAUUAUUGUCGGCACGACGAGCAGUGUGCUCGCUUAUGAUCUACAACGAAACACAAAUCUGUUUCGUAAAGACAUGGCCGAUGGUAUCGCAUGCAUUCAGGUGGGUUCAUUCAGUUCACAUGGAGUACUGGCAAUGUGCGGAGGGAAUUGUGCUAUUUGGGGUCUUGACGCAAACGGUAAUGACUCAUUUUGGACGGUCACCGGCGAUAACGUACUUUCACUUUGUCUUUGCGACGUUGACAACGAUGGAAUCAAUGAGUUAGUGGCUGGUUCUGAGGAUUUUGAUAUUCGCGUUUUCAAAGAUGAUCUGUUGCUAUUCGAACUAUCCGAAACUGAUGCCGUCACAUCGCUUCACGAUCUGGGACAUGGGCGUUUUGCAUAUGCACUAGCGAAUGGCACACUGGGUGCAUAUCAGGGUGAAUCUCGAUUGUGGCGUAUUAAAAGUAAGAAUCAGGUGAUCUCACUGAUGACAUUCCCAGAUCCAGAAACGCUGGCUUGUGCUUGGUCAGGAGGAAAGAUCGAUAUGCGAAAUGCAGAAAACGGUGAGGUGAAGCUGAAGGAAAGCGUGAAUGGACAAGUUGCGAAUGCAUUCAUUCAAAACUCUCAAUUAACAGUUGUUAUGCUUGAUGGAAACGUUCGAGGACUCGAGAUCAGUGAAGAACAAUCGAAUGUGGACGAUGCACAGAGUAUAUUGCAUGAUUUGGGUAUUCGUAAACAUAGCCUUCUAGUGGAAUUAAAGAAUUAUGAAAUGAAUCGACAAGGUACUGUCAGUGAAAUCGUUGAGAGUGAAAGACAAGUGCCGGCAAAUACACAUUUGGAGACGUGUCUAAUGGUGAAUUCAGAAGUGAAUCCUCCAUCAGUGGAGCUCCAAUUGAGUGUUUCCAAUGACGCAAUCAUUCGAGCUGUUAUCGUUUUCGCUGAAGGAAUUUUUUCGGGCGAAUCUUUUAUCAAGUUUGUAGUUCCCGUUAAUCAAAUAGCUGACACUAGACCAGGCCGCCGACGCCAAAUCAAAAUUCAGAACGUUACUUCAAUACAGUGA